AUGCCGAAUUCAUCAUCACCGGAAGCCUUAAUCCACGACCCUUUAAAGCCAUGGAAACACCUCCUCUCCCCACCGCCGCACAAAAUCCCAAUUUUGGCCUCCAAUUUCAUGAAAGCCCUCUUCGCAAUCUGCAUCUUCGGGGCAUUUUCGUUAUUCCUCCUGUCGUGGUCCCCCGCCACCACAACAUGGCGGGCUCACGACUGCCCCGAAUGCAAUCGCGCCAUCCGGGGCACAUUCCGCCGCAUCACCAACAGCGACCUCGGUCUCGUCAACCGAGAUCGAGAUCGCUCUCCUGACCGCACCAACCUGUCCCACAUCCUUUUCGGGAUAGGCGGGUCUGCCCAGACGUGGGGCACACGGCGCCGCUACUGCGAGCUGUGGUGGAGGCCGAACGCAACGCGAGGCCACGUCUGGCUAGACCAGCGGCCGGAGAAGGAGUGGCCGGCGACGUCGCCGCCGUACCGGGUGUCGGCGGACACGGAGAGGUUCAAGUACACGAACUGGUACGGGUCGCGGUCGGCGGUGCGGAUCGCGAGGAUCGUGAAGGAGAGCUUCGAGGCGGAGGCGGCGGGGGAGGGGGAGGGAGCGGAGGUGCGGUGGUUUGUGAUGGGGGAUGAUGAUACGGUGUUUUUUACGGAGAAUUUGGUGGAGGUGUUGAAUAGGUAUGAUCAUAGGGAGAUGUAUUACAUCGGGGGGAACUCGGAGAGCGUGGAGCAGAACGUGGUGCACUCUUACGCGAUGGCCUACGGCGGGGGAGGGUUCGCUGUGAGCUACCCGCUGGCGGCGGAGCUGGUGCGGAUAUUGGAUGGGUGCAUUGAUCGGUACGCCUCAUUUUACGGAUCGGAUACGAAGGUGGCUGCCUGUGUUAACGAGAUUGGGGUGCCUCUCACCAAAGAGCUUGGUUUCCAUCAGAUGGACAUACGGGGAAGCCCAUUCGGCCUACUGUCGGCCCAUCCCAUUGCACCCCUCAUCUCACUCCACCAUCUAGACUACGUGCAGCCCCUUUAUCCGGGCAAAAAUCGGGUCGAGUCUAUAAAAAGGCUAAUCCAAGCCUACAAUAUGGACCCGGGUCGGGCGCUGCAGCAGAGCUUCUGCUACCACCCGACCCGGAAUUGGUCCGUGUCUGUUGCGUGGGGCUACAACGUGCAACUCUACCCGUUUGCGGUGACGUCCAAGGAUCUGAGCACCCCGUUACAAACAUUCUUAACGUGGGGGACGUGGAGCCAGUCGCCAUUCACAAUCAAUACCCGAUCCCUGAGCUUCAACCCGUGUGAAAGACCCAUUAUCCAUUACUUGGACCAAGUUAACGGGUCCGGGUUGGGUACCACCACCACGUAUAGACGGCCACAUCCGGCACGUGCGAGGCGGUGCAAAAAUGAGAGCUAUGCAAAGGCGUAUUCGGUGAAGGCGUUUAGUGUUACGGCUGCUCCGCUUGAUCCUGAAGUAUGGAAGAAGGGGCUACGUAGGCAAUGCUGCGAGAUAAUCGACGGCUCAGAUAAAGUGGACGGCGUCUUGCAGGUUAGAAUCAGACGCUGCAAUCAAUGGGAAUCAGUAACGCCACAUCUGAAAUCUCGAUAUGUCGGCGGGUGCGGCCGGCGACGGUUUCCACCGCGGAAUAUUUGAGGGAUGCAUCUCCGGCAGAGACAUGAACAUCGAGCAGCGGUCGUACCAUAAGAAUUGCAAGUGCGCCCUUCACAAAGAGCGCGGCCACUGCAGCCACGCCUCUCGCCACAACUCGAUCUCCUAUCCGAUCCGAAGGACGUGGAGCGAGGGCUGCUUGGCGCUGAUGAAUCUCUCUUCUCCAAUCACCGGCGCCGCCUCUCCGUGCCACAAUUCGCCCUCCUUCGUUGCCGCCGCGGCGCAGGGAGAUAUGGCGAGGACGCAGACGCAUUUGGUCAUGUACAAGGAGGAGGACGAAGAGGAAGAGGUCGAUUAGUUUUUUUUUUAAAAAAAAUUCUCUCUUUUUGUUCUUAUUAACAUUGA